AUGGCGAUGAGUUCUGCGGAAGUCCCCGAGCGGCGACCUCUUCUCGCUGUGGGUAUACCCGCGGUAUCACCUGUCUCAUCACCAACAGACAAGAAAAAGUCGCCGUCAUCGCUUAAGGCUUCAGUCUCUGAGGCAGAACUAGCGAGUCAAAAUAUUCAACCAUCACGCUCCUUGGAGGACGAUGUUCUCCCUGAAACAUCCACUCUCGGGCGGACUCUUACCUGGCAGAGCGCCUAUAUUCUCGUCAUAUCUCGAGUUAUCGGCAGCGGCAUCUUCGCUACACCAGGUUCCAUCCUUCGUUCAGUCGGUAGCCCCGGGCUGUCUUUGGUUCUAUGGCUCGUCGGUGCACUCAUCGCUGCCUGCGGCCUCAUGGUCUCCCUUGAGUUCGGAUCCAUGCUUCCACGAUCUGGCGGAGACAAAGUAUACUUGGAGUUCACGUACCGCCGCCCAAGAUUUCUAGCGUCAACGCUCAUUGCAGUACAUGUGGUUCUUCUUGGAUUCACGGCCAGCAAUUGCAUCGUUUUCAGUGAAUACGUACUGUUCGCUUUUGGUGGCGAUAAUCCAAGCGAUUUCAUGCGAAAAGGACUUGCUGUAGGCCUCCUUACAAUUGUCACGCUUGUCCAUGGAUGUAUACCGCAUGUCGGCAUCAAGAUUCAGAACUUCUUGGGCUGGAUCAAGGUUUCUCUUGUUGUCUUCAUGAUAUUUUGCGGGUUCUACGUCGUCCUCGCUCAGCCAUCAACCGAGUCUAUUCAUACUACUUUACCCAGCAUAUCCUGGCAGAACCUCUGGGAAGGUAGUAACUGGAACUGGGGCAUCAUUUCAACCUCGCUAUUCAAGGUGUUUUACUCAUACGCUGGUCUCGACAACGCUAACCUCGUCCUCAAUGAGGUAAAGGAUCCAGUUCGUACUCUUCGGUCUGUUACUACGGCAGCAUUGGCAACGGCAUGUGGGAUGUACUUGCUCAUCAACGUGGCUUACUUCCUCGUCGUACCUAUCGACGAGAUUAAGCAAAGCGGUGAGCUCAUAGCGGCAUUAUUCUUCGAACGGGUAUUCGGUCAAGGUGUAGGAAGAACUUUGCUACCACUCGCUGUUGCAUUAAGUGCUGGAGGCAACGUCUUUGUUGUUGCUUUUGCUCAAGCUCGAGUUAAGCAAGAAAUUGCACGUCAGGGGUUUCUCCCAUUUUCUGACAUCCUUUCUUCUACAAGGCCAUUCAACUCGCCUUUAGGAGGGCUUCUUGUACACUACAUCCCAUCAUUCUUGGUGAUUGUUCUUCCUCCUUCUGGGGAAGUUUAUUCUUUUAUUCUAGAAGUAGAAGGAUACCCAGGGCAGUUCAUGGCGCUAGCUGUGGGCACUGGCCUCCUUUGGCUACGGUUUAAGCGACCAGAUUUGAAGAGGCCAUUCAAAGCCUGGGCUCCGGCUGUUGUUUUGAGGAUCGGGUUGAGCCUGGCCCUUUUGGCCGCUCCAUUCUUUCCGCCGAAAACGAAGCCAACAAAUGGGUUAUUCUAUGCAGCUUACGCAGUUGUCGGUGCUAGCAUUCUUGCCGCCGGUGUUCUGUACUGGUACCUUUGGACUGUUUUUGUUCCAUACUUGAAAGGUUAUACAAUAGAAGAACAGGAAGAGAUUUUAGAAGAUGGUACCAAAAUCACUAAACUUGUCCAUAGUCGCAUUUAG